AUGAUGGUUGAAUCAGCCUCAGAGACAAUACGUUCUACUCCUUCCAGUCAAAAUGGUGUCAGCAGCCUAAACAAUCCGACUGAUGGAGGAGGAGGAGGUGGUGGUGGUGGUGGUGGAGGAGGAGGAUGUGGAAGAGAGGGAGGAGCCAGUGGAGAAACCAAUGGAGAAAUGAGCCCAGUGGAACUCCUCCAUUUUCAGCAGCAGCAGGCUCUUCAGGUGGCAAGGCAAUUCCUUCUGCAGCAGGCAACAGGGCUGACUUCUCCUACCAGCAAUGAAAAUAAGCAGCCAGCUGUUCAGGUUCCAGUGUCUGUGGCUAUGAUGUCUCCUCAGAUGAUCACACCCCAGCAGAUGCAACAGAUUCUGUCUCCACCUCAGCUUCAAGCUCUGCUGCAGCAGCAACAAGCAAUUAUGCUGCAACAGCUUCAGGAAUACUACAAGAAGCAGCAGGAACAGCUUCACCUACAGCUUCUGACUCAGCAACAAGCUGGAAAGCAGCAAGCCAAAGAGCAGCCAUUAGGGAAUAAGCAGCUGGCAUUCCAACAACAGCUCCUGCAGAUGCAGCAGCUGCAGCAGCAGCACCUGUUAAACCUCCAGCGACAAGGGUUGGUCAGUUUACAGCCGGGACAAGGCACCGUUCCUCUGCAGACCCUGCCACAAGCUGUGUGUCCCUCAGACCUUCAGCAGCUGUGGAAAGAGGUUACUGCUACUCAACCUGUAGAAGAAAGCAUCAAGCAAGAGGGACUUGACCUCAGCACCAACACCUCGAAUUCUACCUCGUUUUCGGCUGCCAAGGUCUCUCCUCCAAUUUCCCAUCACCCUCUCCCCAAUGGACAGAACGCCAUGCUCGCACAAAGGAGGGACAGCUCUUCUCAUGAGGAGACUCCUGGCUCACAUCCCCUGUAUGGACAUGGGGAGUGCAAAUGGCCUGGAUGUGAAACCCUCUGUGAGGACUUGGGACAGUUUAUCAAACACCUCAAUACAGAACAUGCACUUGAUGACCGGAGUACGGCUCAGUGUCGAGUUCAAAUGCAAGUGGUACAGCAGCUGGAAAUACAGCUAGCUAAAGAAAGUGAACGUCUCCAGGCAAUGAUGGCCCAUCUGCAUAUGAGACCUUCAGAGCCAAAACCCUUCAGUCAGCCUCUGAAUCUGGUUUCCAGCGCUACAAUGUCCAAAAGCACUUCUGAUACCUUUCCUGAUGGAUUACCUCAUCCCCCCACCUCUGCAACUGCACCCAUUACUCCAUUGCGACAGGGUCCUUCUGUUAUCAGCUCCUCCACUUUACACAAUGUAGGGCCUAUUCGCAGGAGAAACUCAGAGAAGUUCUGCACACCAAUUUCCUCAGAACUUGCACAGAAUCAUGAAUUUUACAAAAAUGCAGAUGUCCGCCCUCCCUUCACAUAUGCCUCACUUAUCCGACAGGCUAUCCUUGAGACGCCUGACAGGCAGCUAACAUUGAAUGAAAUCUACAAUUGGUUCACACGGAUGUUUGCCUACUUUAGGAGAAAUACAGCUACAUGGAAGAAUGCUGUACGCCACAACCUGAGCCUGCAUAAGUGCUUUGUGCGAGUGGAAAAUGUCAAGGGAGCAGUGUGGACAGUAGAUGAACAUGAGUACCAAAAGAGAAGGCCACCAAAGAUGACCGGGAGUCCAACUUUAGUGAAAAACAUGAUUUCUGGCCUUAGUUAUGGAGCACUUAAUGCCAGCUACCAGGCAGCUCUGGCUGAGAGCAACUUUCCUCUUCUGAAUAGUCCCACCAUGAUCAACACAAGCUCCACUAGUGGCAUGCUGCACAUAGGCCAUGAUGAUGUGAGCAGCACUGUAGAACAAGUCAACAGCAAUGGCAGCAAUAGCCCCCGGCUUUCACCACAGCAGUACAACCAUCAAGUGCAUGUGAAGGAAGAACCAGCUGAGACAGAAGAUGACAGCAGACCUGUUUCUCUCAUGGCAACUACCAAUCAGAAUGUGACGAUUCCUGAUGACAGAGACCUAGAGGAGGAACUGCCAGUGGAAGACUUGUCUUAAGGGCCCUUCAUCUUCAUAUAGGGCCCAUCAUUUCCCAGAGACAAAGCAAUGGCUCCCAUCUCCUCAAGGUGACCUUCAGCAUUACUUAGUUAAGGCACUUCUACAAAGCAAAAGGCUUUCCACGAGCCUACCCACUGCUGAAGGCACACACUUUUUUUCCCCUUUUACAUCCCAAUGACUCUUAAAAGACAUUCACAGAGGGGAUGUGGAAAAAAAACAAAAACCGGAGUUGAGCUUUUUCCUUUUCUUAUUUUUUUUUUAAAUUUUGUAAUUGGUAAACGAGGAUGGUAGGUUGUUUCUGUCCGAAGACUUCUUUGCUGCCUCCCCUCCCCAUACCCCCAUCUCAUGGGGAUAAAAAAGAAGCUGUCUUGUAUUGUCUGCUCUGUGUUUUGUCAUUUUCAACCCAUAUGCCUGGUUUCUACAAAUCAAGAUUUUGGAAGCAUCCAGUAUAUUAAGGGACAAUAUCAAAGCCAAAGGCUUCAGUGAAUGUCCCUUAUUUUCCCAUGGAAAGCAUUUUCAAUAGUUUGCCAGUAAUCCCACUGAGAACUUUGCACUAGGAGGAAUCUAUUCUCACUUUUUCUUACUUUCACACAUGCACUGUCUCCAUUUCUUACACACAUACAUCCUUGCCACUGUAACACCACUUCAGAGUACUGGAAUAGCAAUGGAAGCAAGACUUCUGCCAAGGUCCUAAUGUUGCAAUUUAUGUUCAUUUUCUGACUGGGCAAAAAAUGAAAAACUGACCUUACUUUGUUAAAUACAUUAUAGGAUAGCAAGGGGUUACUGCCACAUAUAAAACCACUUGGUUAUUCUUUUUUCCAACCUGUGUUUGCGUCUUUCCAAAUUCAAGAAGCAUUCUUCUAUCACCAGUCAUGAUUGACAGCCAGUCUUCAACUUACAAAGCUUUAUUCUGCACAAAAUCCAGGAAUGAAUGUCCAUUCCCUGCCAUGACAUAAUUUUAAACACUUUCAGAAGCCUAUAUAUGGGCAGCCAGCAGACAAGAUAAUGGUUGAGACUGAAUCAGGGGAAGACUUCUGCAAGAUGAAUCUUUUGCUUGCUUCUAUCAGCUGCCAUCCUGUUUCUUCCAUUCCAGCAAAUAUUGAAGCCAGAAAGCAUGACUCCUUGAUUGUUUAUGUGACCAAUGGGAAGGUUUAACAGAUGUAAAUACCGCUGAUUUGGCAAAGCUACCAACAUCUCAAGCACUUGGGGUAGGAAAGGGGGGAUAAGCUGAAAUUUAUGGCUGUGGGGAACAGACCAAAACUGGGUUGACCAAACAGAAUUCAAAGCAAUAUAUCUGUAUAAAUGUAAGAUAAGCAAUUCCCCACCUUUGUGACCAACCAGAACAAAGCUACAAAGGAGCACUCAGUUUCCUCUGACAUUCUCUAGUAGAAACAUAUCCUAUCUCGCAACUCUUGUGCUACUCAUUAGUUCUUAGCUGUAAGCCAAUGUGGGAAAAAAGAUGCUUCAAAACUAAUAACAAGAAUUAAAUGUGUCAGAUGAAUAGUGUUGACCCAAAGUUUCCCCUUACUUGAUUCUAUCAAUUGUCUGAUGCCUCACAUCAGAAUAUUUUUUUUUUAAAUCUAAAGAGCAUUUCGCAUGACAGAAAACAUCAGGUUUCCAAAGGCUACUUUGCUGUUCCCCCCAUGAAAGAACAACCCAAAUGCCCCUCAUUGAUUACUGAGACUGUGACAGUUGCUGAUUGAGAAACUGGUUUGCUUUCUGUAUGAUCAAGAAUCCAAUAUCUCAAGGAAGAUGGAUAUUAAUGUUUCUAAGGAAGUCUUUCCACAACAAACCAACACAUGCUUCCCUUUCCCAUCAGGAAAUCUCUGAAAUUUAUUUUCAGGCCUAAUUGGAAUAUAGGAGUUCCUCCCAUUAUUUUGGAGAAGAGCUGAUCCAGGCAAUUUGAUGUUUUCUGAAAUGACAGCUGUUCCUCUUCUAUACUCUGUAGUCCAUGAAGAAAAUAAAUCAUCACAGCUAUGUGUGAAUAGUCACAUUCAAUAUUGAUAAUUAUGCUAAAUGACCUCCCCAAACUAAGAUGCUCAAGAAUACUUCGUCAGCAUAUUUCUGAUUAAUUUAGGAUUGCUUUCUACUCUUCUGAUUUUCAUUGUUAAAUAAUGCUUUUUCAUUGCUCCAAACACUAUGCAGCUCAUGGCAGUUGAUAAUAUGUAACAUAAGUGUUUUUGACUUCGAAGGGGAAGAGAAAAGAGGGGGAUUGUAUUUUCCUUAUAUGCAGAAUUGCUCCAUUUGUCUCAAAUACAGUACAUUCUUAGUGUCCUUUUCCGCAGCUGGCCAACUAUGGUAACAGACCAUCUUUUUUAAAAAAAUGCUCUUAAUUCCCAAGAUUAUAAUAAAUCAGGUAGCACUUGAGCCUUUUUACCUAUCAGAAAAAGGAACAUUAUUCCUGAUCUGUCACAGAUUUCUGUUUGUACGUGAUUGGUGUCAAAUUUCUUAGCCCAAAUCAAAUUUUCUCUCUUUAAAAAAAAGAUGCAGGAUUAUUCUUUGCAACAACUCUAAAGCACUGGAUAAUCUCUAUUUGCUCAGUUUUUAAAAUAGAUCUAUCUCCUAGUUAGGGCUAUGGUGUGUCAUACUAGCAUUAAAAAAAAGGAAAGAAAUGGUAGCUGGCUGAUCUUGGCCAGUCUUCAUCUUUUUUCCAUGGUGGAGAAAAUGUCUUGACUUCAAACCUCAGAUCUGUUAAAAUUUGAAAAUGUUUAAUCUAACUCUUGGCAUUGUCCAUCUAACAAACAGUUUAUACUUCCUUUCUAAAAUUCCCCUUCUCCAAGAUUCUCAAUUUACUAAAUAUGUCAAAAUGAUUCAAACUGAUUUUAAAUCUAGGUAAAAUCAAGAACACCAAAAAUGAAAAAUAUUUUCCAUUUCUGAAUUAUGACUGCAAGAAAAUUUGUCAGGAUUUGAUUCCUAGAGCCUACAGUACAAGAACACCAAAAAUGAAAAAUAUUUUCCAUUUCUGAAUUAUGACUGCAAGAAAAUUUGUCAGGAUUUGAUUCCUAGAGCCUACAGUAUGGGGCUCUACUGAACAUGCAUUUUCCCCUACUUCGUUUCUUACUAUUUCUAACAGGCAAGCAAAAUUGUAAAGUUUGUUAUUUAGAUAAAAUUAAUUGCUCGGCCAACAGUGUCUAAGCUGCAGAAAACUGGAGAUGAUCAUGUUUAUGGGGUGUGAAUCAAAUUACAACAGCUUUUUUGAGCCUCCUUAGAGAACCAUCAACAAGUGGCUUCCUUUUCAAGGACCACAAAGACAGGCAAUAUAGGACUGCAAGCACUAAGAAUACCUCAACACUUUUAUUAUCCAUCUCUCGGGUCCCAGCUUUACCCCAGAAGCAGCUCAAGAAAAUGUAUCCUCCUUUUACUAAAAACACACCACACCUCAUUUUUUUCUUGGGACCUAUUUAAAUGUCUCCCUGGUGUCCUCUAUAGAAUGCUUUGCAAUUGGCUUAAUCAUUUACCAAAGACCUUGCUUAGUCAAGAAGCAUAAACCAAAACACUUAAUAUUUUUGUUUGUUUGGUGCUUUUAUUCUGACUUAUUCUAACUUUUGGCAUCAGCCAAAAAGGAAAAAAAAAAUCACAAAGAUCCUGCAUCCCCCUAGCCCUUUUGUCACUUUCUUUUGAUUUUAAGUUAUUAUUUAAAUCAAAGUUUACAGGUGCUGUUUUGUACAUUUCUGAUGAAGUUGUAUCGGGAGCAUGGAUUGCUGCUUUGUGUUUGAAGUUUCUUGAACCAAGGGUACGCUGUGAAGCCUAGGGUGAUUGGCAUUCCAUGGGUCUCUUCUGAACCUACUUCUAUCUUGCUGCUGGAGAUUUUCUUUUUCUUUUUUCUUUUUUUCUUUCUACAGGUCAGAACUGUCUUUAUUUCAUGUUAACUUUUCAACUGUUUUUUAUACACAUUGGAAUUUUUCUCUUGUUUUCCUCUUUUUUUUUCUUUUUAAUUUUCAAAGGGUUAAUUGCCCUAACCUCUUCUUCUUUUCCCAAAACUGAGAGCCUGGUAUUUUCUUUGAAGCACUGUUGGGUAACUUAAGUUUCUGAAAUACAGCAGAUUCAUUGUAACAUCUGAAACUUUGGACUGUUGAUCUACAAAUGCACUGUGCGAAUUAGAGAACGUUGCAGGUGUUGCUGAAGUCACAUCCUGUAAUUGUUUCCCAUAAAUAAGACCUCCUAGUUUAUAGUAAAGUCAUGCAUCAGAAAAACAAAUUAUGCAUAGUUUAUUCAUAAACAUAUGCAAGUUCUCUUUUCAUUGAUUUUUUUUUUUACUUUGAGUUGCAUUUUAAAAAAGCAGAUUCUUGCAACCUAAAAUGGUAAAUUCUGGAAUGUGUAAUGUUUAGACCCAACUCUCUGCACAUGCACUGAGGUGCUUUUUGGAACUUUGACUGCAUCACAAUUUGUAGUCCUCUAUUGUGUCAAAUUGCUUUGCAAAUAGUUUUAGAACUAAAUGGCUAUACUAUGGUGCUGUUGUAUUUGGUCUUUGGCUCCCUUUUCUGUCAAUCCUAGAAUUACAGCUGCAUUAUUAUAAGUUUGAUCUUCUCGAAGUUGCUACCAUCCUGAUUCACUGAUUUCAGUUUUUUCUCUUGCCUGAUCCUGGUACAAUACCAACCGUUUGUUGGACAUCUGCAGCUGGACCUGAGAUGCCCAGGAUAUACGUUUUCUGCCAGUAUUAAAGUGAUGUUUCCUGGUACUGUACAGUCAAGAGUUAAACUGUUAAACCAUCCCAACAUUGAGAAGAGAUUCUUUUUACAAAUAUAAUUGUCUCUGUUCAAACCAAAACAUUUGCCUUGCUGUUUGGGUUUGUUCAUCCAUACCCAUUUAAAGAGAGAGGCACGAGAAAAAGAAAGCAUGAUACCCUGGGGUUAAUAAGUGAACUACCCAUUGUAAAUUGAGAGCUAAAUAGUACUCAUAGACCUAGGGAGCACUUCAGAUUUCAAGGGGAAAAGGUGCUUUGGCACAUAUAAGGGAACUAAUGUAGUGUCUUGCUAGUAUAGCAACCCUAAGAAACAUAUUUUGAGUUUAAGGCAUUCCAGACAAGCUACCGUACAUUCCCACCUUUGUGAACUCCAAAGCAUAUUUUUGCCUUCAAAUCCAAAGCAUUGUACAGCCUAACUUGGCUGUCGUUGCAGUGUUGCGCAAUAUGUAUUUAGCAGUUAAAACUUUUCUAAUACUAUCUCAUUCCAGGUAACAGAAUGGGGAAAGGUCAUCUGGGGCUACAGAACAGGAAAAGUUACUGACAGACAGAAAGUUAGUCUUUAAGCCUUUCCCACUAUAUACUAAACAGUCGUUGGACAGAGUUUCCCCCCAAUGCAUAAUCAAGCAAUAUGCUACUAUCAUUGUUCUAAAGAAACACUCCAAGAAACAACAAUUCUUUGGUGGAUAUCUGUAAUCUAGGUUGGCUUUCUGAUAUAACCCCUGUUAGGGUAGCCUUCCAUUUUUUCUUGAGAAUCUUGACAAAGUUUGGGAUGUUUCCCUUUCAUCCUAUCCAUACUUCAUUAGGCAUUUACUAUCUCUCAGGGGAAAUGAUUUCAGCCCUUUACUGCUGCAUAAAGGCAAACAAUGCAGCCUCUAGAAUUCCAUUUUGCCCAGGAUGGAGCAACUCCAGAUUGUAUUUCAUGACUAAAAUAAUCCUGCCAGUUACAGCUCUUUCCUGCCUUCAUGUGACAGUAUUAAUAUAUGUAUAUCCUCAGAGGACUGGUGUUAAACUAGCCACGCCACAUGACAUAUCGCGACUCUUUUUGCAUUGCUGGCAAUGGGGUGGGCAUAGCUUCGAUGUGAUGAAACCGGCCCACAGGCUGGCGGUUUGACACCCUUGCCUCAGAGGAUAGCUUUAAAUGUAGCUCUCACAGGAUCUGUCUGUGGUUAACUAUGUCAGAUCAGCCUGCAAGAGGAAAGGAAGUCAUGUGACUAAAUAUUCUUUCAUCUCACAGCAACUUUCUUCCGUGCAGAAUUUUUUUUUAAAAAAAUGGAAAAUUUAGCCACAUGAUCUGCUACUUGAAGCCUGAAGUGAUUCAACUCAAAGACAGGUUUAUUCUUUGAGAAUCAAGUCAUUGUGUUAGUGAUUAUUGAAGGAAAGCGUUUUAGGUCUUGGAAGCUGUGACAAUAUUAAGUUCCUCAAACAAGUGGCCCUUUCCUUCUGAUGCUUUCCCCAUCUCUUUUUGUAGUGGAUGAGGUUUAAAAUAUUGGGUGUACUUUUUUCAAAUGUCUGCCUUAUGUGCCGAAACUAGGCUUCUAUUACCAACUUGUCAAUAUGAGAGGUAGAUAGGUAACUCUUACAGUUAGAUUGGCUUAGAAUCUAGGCCUGGUCCUAAAGGGAACCAGCACAUAUCUAAGAAUUGGAAAGUAAGUAAUGAGGCUUUGGAAUGAUGGAUUUUUCUUCAUAUUUGUGCCUGUGACUUAAAGCAAAAUUAUUGUAUAUCACCAUAGUUCUUGUUUUAUUUGGUGGUCCUAGCAUUCCCAACAAAGAUUACUUAGAAGUGUAAUUUCAUUUAUUCAAUAUUGUCAUACUGUCCCAGCAGGGGGAAAAAUUGCAAAAUAAUUUUUUUCAAAACUUACAAUGAAAUAAAUUGAGAAGCAGAUCCUAAAUCUAUUGACUUUCAGUUAAAGACUGUCUGCUGAUUACACUUGCAAUUAAUGAGGACUUGCAUUAUAUACAUUUGUCUUGAGAGCGUUGAGAAGCCUACAGGUGUUUGCACAGUUUAUAGGGCUUUAAAAGUAUUUUUCUAAUCCUGAUAUGUCUCUUAAAAGUACACUGAAGAAAGAAUGUAAUUCAGUAUCACUGAAUAAAUAUGCGGUUCCCUAAAGAUCUUCAGUUUGGGGUGAUUUUGUCCCCCAACAUCUUGGGAAUUUGAAAUUUCUCCCAGAUUGAACUGCUAAAGCUUUAGUUCCCAACAUCUGACAUCGCUGAUGCCAUUUUGUUUAAAUGUAUCAUUUGACCCUUUUUUUCUAAUUAUGACUUUGAGCAUUUGUGUCCUGAUGGAAUUCGAUUGCAUAUCAUCUAUAAGGUGGGUUGAUUUAUAUAAAAAAAAACCUUAAAUAGUGUGAGCAAAUCACAAGCAAAUGAUGACCAAUUGGUUCUGCCCUCUUCUUUGGUCAGUAUUUGUUCUGUUAUAAUAGCAUAAAUUCAGAUAAACUAAAAAAUAAAUAAAUAAAUGGCACCUAAGGAAUCCAAGAAGGGUGGGUGAGGAAGAAUGUUUAUUCUGUAUUAAGAGACUAUUUAAAUUUUAGCAAUAACAUCUGUCCUCCUGGUUUCCUUCCUAGCAAAAUCAAGCAGUUAAAUGAGAAGGAUAUGCCUAUUUGAGUAAGCAAGUUGAGUAGGUACUAAAGCCAUGAUUUCAUCUGCAAGAGUCUCUUCUAACAUUUUCAAACUCAUUGGUCCUUUAUUUAAAUUACAUUUCUCCUAUAAGGGUUUAAGGAAUUAGUUCUAAUUCUAUUUUUUUGUUUGUGAUCAGCAAAUUCAGUUCACUUUUUCACUUGAACGAUGUAUAUGCAAAUAUACAUGGACACAGUAAGAAAUAAACAAUGGCAUUUAUGUAACUGCUUCUACUUUGUCAAAUAUGCCCAUGUAUUAUUGUUCCAUGGGUCCUAUGGAAGAAUAGUAUUUAAAAUUUUGUGUUGGUGGCCUCAAGCUCUUGUGAUUUUAUUUUCCUUGCCCCUUAUUCCUGACUGCUGAAGCAACCCACUGGUGUGAGCCUUGAGGAGCCUCCUUUCUUUGGCACCUGAUACCAGUGCCACCCUUCCCAGACUCUUGCUUACAUUAGGUACAUCUAUUUUUGCACAUUUAUGUCCACCAAAUUAUUUCAUUCAAAACUGCAUAUAGUACUUAUUUUGGGGGGAUUUCUUUUUUGUCUUAAAAAAAUAUUUUAUUUUUGUUGUUACCUCAAAAUGGCUUUUAAAGGGGUAGUAUGGGAAAGACCAAACACAAUUUGUGGCAGGAUAGUAUAUGUAUAUAUUGAUAUAUAUGCUGGUUGAAAACCUACUAAAAUUAGAUUAUUGUCUGUUUAACUAUCCUGUGAUGAGACUAAUGCAGGGAAUAUUUAGGAAGGGUUUUUUUUUCCUUGUUCUGGAAUUUAGGAAGCCAUUCUUAUAUUUCUCUUUGACUUGACUUGGAUGCUGUUCCAGUUCCUUAUGUUGUUUUUGGCUUGUUUUCUCUCUUAAAUUAGUCAGUAGAAAUAGUGGAAGGAGAUAGAUGGUUGCUAAAAAAGAAACUGGGACAAUGAUAUAAUUUCCUUUCCCUCAUUGGUUCCUGAAGUUAGAAAAAUAGGAACAGAAUUUAAAAUACACAUUGUAUUAAACCAAAGGUGUCCGUAUUUCAGUUUUGUAUGUUUACAUAAUUUUAAUAUAGUUAUUUUUCAGGGUGAACGACAGAAAUCCUUCUCUGAAAAACCCCUAGGAUUUUGCCCUGUAUUAUCCAUAUUCUGAAUUCCUGGUUGCCCUGAGCCACAUAAAUGUGGAAAUGCUCCAUAAUUUCAGGGGAAUAUUUUGUUUGUUUUUCCAGAUUUAGAUUUAUUCCAAAGUGCUGAAGGUUUGUCAGUUUGGAGUCCUCUUGUUUUAUUUUAUUUUUUUAAAUAACCAUGCGGUUCUACUAUAGAAGUAAGAUUUGAAGACCCGCUGCUCUGCCCCUUCAUUUUGAUGGGAUGCUCUACGAAACAAUGUUUCUCUGGGCCCUCCCAAAGAGUUGAGGCUCUGCUUCACUUGGUGUUCUUGUCUUCCAAAUCUCUCACUGAAUCUCAGGUGGCAGGAAAACACCCAAGAACCAAUGACUGGUGACUCUAAAAUUGUAUCAGCGUGAGCAGUUCAGCAUGAGCCAGCGGGUCUCUGAUCUCACUGAAUGAAAAUGGGAGGUUAGCAUGUCUCCUGCAAUGAUCUGAUUUGUUCAUUUGUAAUAUUUUAUGUUGGCCCCAAGGGGCUUCUUCUAAUUAAAUCUUCUCUAUUGCGAAUAGGUAUCUUCUCCCUCAUACUAGUACCCAAUGUGUGGUGGGAAGGUGGGGAAACACUGACAUGUCAGCACUCUGCUAUCAUUUCCUUUUCCUGGCACUCAGGAAAAUAUAAGGAAAGAGGCGAGACAUGCAGUGACCUUUAAUAUUGUGGGUUUUUUCUUCCUCACAUUUGUUGGUUUGAUGUGAUCAUCCUUUUAGCAGGUGGCAAGUCAGUGUGAAGUGAAAGAUUACUGGGAAGGAUGUCUGUAAUCCUUUGAUCCAUCCUCCUCUUACUGCUUCACACUGCCGUAUAUCCAUGCUGUAUAAAGGAAAUAGCAUUGCUGUGUAUUUGUAUUCUGGACUUCUGUGUGUCUGCUCUGGCAGACGGUAAACCCUUGUACAGUAGAUCUAGCUGCAUGUAAUCUGUAUGGACAAUGGCAUUAUAAAAUGCAAUAAAAUUAAAUUACCUAUGA